CCCCGGCUUGGCCGCGGCUCCAUCGAUUCCACCACCACUGUCGUCUGACUCCUCUCCUGCUCGUCGGUUGCGGAGAUUCCCCUCCCCUCCCCUCCCCUCCGUCCUCCGUCCCAAACAACCAACCAAGAGCGGCGCCGGCGACAGAAAAUGAAGAAGAUGCGGACUCCCGCGAUGCGCGCUGCCUAAAAAUUUCUUCUCCGUGGAGAUGGAGGCCGCCUAUGCACUUUCCCUGGCGCUGCCGGCGACAAGAGAAAGACACCGCCUUUAUUGAGUGAGAGGACAAGAGAUCCUAUUCCUAAUCCUCCUUCUCCGUCUCCGAUCGCUUCUGCGUGCGGGCAAGGCGAGGCGAGGUGAGGUCAGGCCAGGGGAGAUCAGCAUAGCGAGAUUCGCUCGCCGGCCGCCACAGACGGGCAGGACAUGCAGGCCGCCGCCCCACGGACGAUGAAGACCCUGCCCGUCCUAAGGAAUCACCUCUGCGACCCCACGCGCCUCGCCGGCGCCUCCUCGUCCUUCCACUCCACGCCCGCCUCCUUCGCCAAGUGGAAGGACAAAUGGGACUGUCCCAAGAGCGAAAAAGGAGCGCGAAAGGCAUCCAGGAAUUAUGAGAGGUAUGUUGUUCGGCAAAAGCGAGCAGAAGGAAAGAAGGCACUAAAAGAUUAUCUUCUGUAUGGAAAGUCCUCACCUCAUAUACAGGAUGGAAGCACAGGAAGCUUUGCUAAUUCUCAUGAAAUUCCAAGGUUCAAAACCUUUAGGAAAGGACCUCAGUGUCACUGGUCGUCGGAACCUCGACAAGGAGUACACAAUCACAGAAAGAGUAAAAAGGACAAGGCGAGGUUCUGCAACUUCUUCCAUGAAGACCACUAUGUGCACCCAGACGAAAUCUUUGAGGCCAUCUUUGGCACACAUCAUGGUUUUACUUGGUCCCAUAUAUCAUGGGAGGAUUUUCACUUCAGAAACAGAUCGUUCAGAUUUAGAUGGAGUGGUGGUGAAUCACACAGAGAGAGAAUUCCAAGUGACGACGAAGAUGAAAGCGAGGAGGACAGCAGGGAAACAACCAGUGUUGGUUCACAUGCCCACAGGGUCAUCCUUGGAUUACCACCAUGUGGUCCACUAACUCUAGAAGAUGUUAAAACUGCCUUCCGGGCAUCUGCUCUGCGGUGGCACCCUGAUAGGCACCCAGGGUCUUCACAGGCUGUGGCCGAGGAGAAGUUUAAGCUCUGCGUGAAUGCGUACAAUUCACUCUGCAGCGUCCUCAAGGCUGCUUAGUGCUGCCCCCUCCUGCUAUUUAUUAUCUGCUUCGCAAAGCGCAGGCUGUUGCUUUGUUUCAGUUUUCUUUAUUAAUUUGAGAUGCACACAUUAGUUCCGACAUGGAAGGAUGGAGCACUGUUGUACACUAGUGUCAAUUGUAACAGCAUUUGAUUCCUUCAUUUGUUUUAUCAAUUCAGUUUUUUUUUUCCAGAAAGAGGGAAUAAAAGCAACUUGUCAGACGAUCUGCA